CUGUGAGCCUCAAAAUAAGAUCUAAAAAGCUGAAAACAAGGCCUUGAAAAGCUUGAAAACACUUCAAUCAAGGAACACUCCACAACCCUUUUAGAGAUCUCCCGCGGAAGCCGUAGAUAUGGCCUUGACUAUGACUGGCUGAGGGAAUGAUGGAGGAGAUGAAGCUGCAUUCACUGCAAUGAAAGGAAGAAGACGUAAACAGUUCAGCUACAUAAGUGUAGAAGACGGGCAUGGAUCUGAGACCGGAGCUCCCCACAGUCUCCUCUGCCUCUCAAGUCCACCCAGGAGCGGCAGCAGCGGCCGCGGCAGCAGCCUCCAUCCCGGUGUCCAUGGCCAGCAGUCUGCUGCGCGGCCCUCCGAUCCUCCUGCGCACCGCGGACAAGUACCCGCGCACCCCGAAGUGUGCCCGCUGUAGGAACCACGGCGUGGUUUCCGCGCUGAAGGGCCACAAGCGCUACUGCCGCUGGAAGGACUGUAUGUGCGCCAAGUGCACACUGAUUGCGGAGAGGCAGAGGGUGAUGGCGGCGCAAGUGGCGCUGCGGAGGCAGCAGGCGCAGGAGGAGAACGAAGCCAGAGAGCUGCAGCUGCUCUACGGGACGGCGGAGGGACUCGCCCUGGCCGCCGCCAACGGCAUCAUCCCGCCGCGUCCAAACUACGAGGUGUAUGGCUCUGUCAGCAGUGAGAGUAACUCAGAUUCAAGUAUCCAGAAGUAUGAGAUGUUUCCAAAGAGCCAGCUGUCCGGAUCUGCCACCACUCAGGCUCAGCAGGCUGUGGGGAAACCAGCGUCCACCGAAAGUGACUCGGCCCCCGGCAUCUCGUCCCCAGACGGCCGACACGGAGGCUCGGGUUCAGAGAACGGAGACAGUGAGUCUUUCAUCAGCUCGCCGGUCUCCAAGCCUUUAAAAGACGGAGGAGAAACUCCAGGGUCCGUCAGCUCCCUCGGCUCUGAUUCUGGCUCUGAGACCGACAAAGACGACCAGGAGCCCUCCCCGUCCUCUGCGGCCUCCCGGCACAUGAACGCCAUCGACAUCCUGACCCGGGUGUUCCCCAGCCACAAGCGGAGCGUCCUGGAGCUCGUCCUGCAAGGCUGCGGUAAGGACGUGGUGCAGGCCAUCGAGCAGAUCCUGAACAACAGCGGCGCUCAGGCGUCCAACAAAACCGGGCCCGAAGACACGUGGACGGCCGAGAGGAUGCUCCAAAACGCGCAGCAGGCUCCGCCGUCCUCCGCAUCCACGACCGCCCCGACGAGGCCCAUGUUACCGGGAGCCAUGACGCUCAGCAACCGCUCUGCGUUUUCUCCUCUCCAGCCAAACGCCCCGCACUUCGGCGCCGACCCCAGCGCAUAUCCUCUGGGCACCCACCUGGGACUGAACCCGCUGCGACUGGCCUACUCUGCGCACAGCCGGGGACUGGCUUUCAUGACUCCCUACUCCACCACCGGGUUGAUGCCCACUCUGGGCUUUAGACCCCCGAUGGACUAUGCCUUUAGCGACCUGAUAAGGGACAGGACAAUGUUACACAAGGAGCAAGGCUAUGCCAAUGGCCUGUACGGGCCUUUGGUCAACAACACGCCGGAAAAGCAGUGAGGCUGGCGGACCAACAGAGACACACUCCAUUGUAUUUGUAGCCACAAGUGUUGAAAGUUCUGGCGAAAAUCUGUUACGUGUUUUGGCUACAGGCUACUGUACAUAAUAGGAUUAUCUGGCUUGCAGUCCAAUGGUCUGAGAGGGAAGAAACUAAACUCACUUAUGUGUAAUUUUCAAAAGUAAUUUUAUAUGUUUGACCACAGACGUUUGGAUGUCAUUCCCCCGCGUGUGAACCUGAUUGUUCCAUCAAUUAACUAACGUGACGUAACUGAAAAGAUAUUUAUAGAUUCCAAUGUAAAUCACGGUCAAGCUCGGAAAGUAAACCCAGUUUGCACAAAAGACUAAAACUACAUAUACUUGAUUUCAUUAGCCUACUGAUUUUUUAUGUCAGCAGGAUUUAAAAUAAAAUAAAGUAGAAAUGGUUUAUGAGAGAGUUAUGAAUUUUUAAAGCCCAACAAAUUUAUCAGCUGGUUGGUGAAACUGAAUUGCAUAUACAUUUUCAAAAUCUAAAGUGCAUUUCUCUCACACACGGAAUAUUAAAUGAGGCACGUUAAGUUAUUAUAACAUGUAGCUUACAGAUGUUAACACUAUUUCCUGAUGUAAAAGUUCAACUAAUAAUAUGUAAAUGCCAUCCCUUUUUUCCCUUAUGUAGCCUAUUAUUCUCACCUUUUUUGUUGUUAUUUUCCAACUGCCUGUAUUAUAUAUUGCAUUUGGUAAUAUGAAAUGCUAUGCUAUAUUUGAAUUUUCAUUUAUCCGUUAGUCAGCUCAAAUAUGUUGUGACAAAGUGCUGGAUCAAGUCAGUUCCUCUUCAGAUGUUUCAAGCUGUGCUGUCACAUUGUAUGAAUAUGCUGGAAAUAAAUGUUAUUUUAAAGAAA